AUACUGCUGCCGCCGAAAUACAAUUCCCGCUUAUUAUUAUCUUCGUCAGACUUCCUGGAGGAGAAUUGCGGGGUAGUGCCUCACAUAUCCUAUAGAAUCAUAAAUGGCACUCCGGCGCGAUUGGGAAGAUAUCCGUGGAUGGCCUUUCUGCACACGCCCACCUAUUUUAUGUGCGCCGGAUCGCUUAUCAAUCACAUUUCGUUUACUUCUAAUUUUGUUUUUAAUUAGAAAAAUGUUAUGAUUUUUUUUAUUUUCGAUUUUAUGAUUGCAGUUCGUAUCCAACCCAUCUGCAUUUUCCAUCAUAGACGUAUGCAGUUGGUGUUGGAUGAGUUCACCUGGUUCAAGGCCACUGGCUGGGGGCUCGGGUCUGGCGAUGCGAAUACCAAUUCAUCCCGCGUUCUCAUUGAAGAAAAACAUAACUUUAUUAGCGGACAGAUCUGUGCCGGAAAUGAUGAUGCUAACCUUUGUAGUGGGGAUUCCGGUUGUCCGCAAGGUCGGUACGUAUGGAUUUCCGGCGAGAAUCGCUUCGUCCAGAUGGACAUCGCCAGCUACACGUAUGAAAAUUGCAGCAGAGUUAGCAUUCUCACGGACGUGGUUCGAUAUGGCAAAUGGAUCAAAAAGGUAUAAUACUUCACCGAUGGGAUACGAUGUAGUAUUUAUUGUGAUAAAACCAAAUCAAA